AUGGGGAGGCACAGCCGGUUCCCCCGCAGCCAGCACCAGCCAUGAGCCCGCACCGCCGCCUCCCCAUCCUCCUCCUCCUCCUCCUGGCCGCCGCUCUCUGCCGGGGCGCGCCGCUGGCCGGGGAGCUGCGCUGCCGCUGCCCGCGGGCCGUGUCCCAGCUGAUCCCGCCGCGCCGCCUGGCCCGGGUGGAGCUCGUCGCCGAGGGGCCGCACUGCGCCGUGCCCGAGGUCAUCGCCACGACCAAGCAGGGACAGACCAUCUGCCUGAGCCCCUCCGCACCCUGGGUCAAGCUCAUCCUCACCAGGAUCCUCAAGAGUUCACACAACCAGCUCUGAGGGAAGACACAGCUCCAGAUGAGGCUACCCACGUUUGCCAGAAGAUACCAGGAAAUGGAGGCUGGAAGAAGAUAAUAGCCCAACCGCCUAGUUCUAGACCAACUCUUCUAUGUUCAACUUCCCUAAGACUCUCCCCUCCCAUUUAUUCCUUCGUAUGUAUUUAUUGACUGAGCUAAAAUGACUGAAUGGGCUUUGCUAGGUUCCUCUCGGCGACCUGCCUGCAGUUGUCACAACUUGAGUAGCCCCCACUUUGUGCAAGCUCCUUCUCUCCAAAUACAAUUUGCCAACAAGUUCUGAUAAGUGGCAUUAAUAUCUGGAAAAAAGGUGGGUCCAUCAUGGAGAGUGUUGCCUGCAGAUAGCCCACCAUCCCAAGGUUUGGGUGGGUGGUGUUGCUGACAGUGGGUAAUCCAUCCGUUAGGAAUAAUGGGAUCACGGAGUCGGAGUGCUCUCCGUGUGCUGAGUAUCUUGGUGCCCGGUCAGGACGACAGGGGAAUAAAAGGUGGUUGAAGCAAGCACAGUACUGUGCUGCCAUCCUCAACCUGCUGCCUCAGGUGCCUAAAUGAGCCUAAAUUCACUAAAUCCCUUAUUUCCCCACUAUAAUUUACCAGCAUUUGCUGUAGGAUGCCUGGGAUCUGGUUUGCACAAAGUACUGUACAAUGAAAGCACAGAAAGCUCGCUCCUAAAGCCUCACUCUGUUUAAUAGUUAGGACAGUUUAAGAAUUUCCAUGAAAUUACAGGGUUUCAUGCUGAGAUUGUUUUGGUUUCUAACAAGUUAAUGUUGGGGUUGGUUGGUUGGUUGGUUUGUUUUGACAUGAGUUUACAUUUAAUUAUUUGGUAUUUAUGCACAAGAUGUAAAGGAACAGUAAAUGUUCGGAAGAGGUUUGGAUAUUUUAUGUCUACUUGUAUGACAUACUGUCAUAAUUCAUACAGAAUAAGUAAUUUUCCUUAUUCUGCUUUGGAAAAAUAUAUUUAUGUAAGAAGGUGGAUUUAUCAUGAAAUAGUAAUGUAAUUA